UUUCUCAAGAUAGCCAAUUUUUCAAAUCCUGUUUUUCUUCACCUAAAGCAUAGACUUGAAAUGAUAGUUCUGGUAAUAGUGCUGGGCACAUUAGUCUUCAUGCCUUUUAAUCUUACUAUGAUAAGCAUAUAUAUCAGCAUCCAAAUACAUUCAUAUAAAAGAAAUAUGACUUCAAGUUCCAGAAAGAGUGACACUGAAACCUUUUCAAAACUGAUUAUAUUCACCAUGGGAUCCUUCAUACCCUUUUCUGCAUCCCUCAGUUUUUUUCUCCUGUUAAUCUUCUCGCUAUGGAAGCAUCUCAAGAAUAUGAAGGUCAGUGCAACAGGAUUCAGAGAUCCUAGCGUCAGUGCUCAUAUGAGAGCCAUGAUAUCUGUGAUGUUUUCCCUUUCACUAUUUGCUAUUUACUUCCUGUCUCUUCAAAUAACAACUUUCCAUUCUGAGGUGUUGCAGAACAAACUGGUCCUGAUGUUUGUUCAGACUACUGCAAGUGCUUAUCCUUCAGUCCACACACUUAUCCUGAUUCUGGCAAAUGGUGAACUGAGAAAGGCUUCUCUUUUGGUGCUGUGGCAGCUGAGGUGCUGUUGA